AUGACUGGAGUCUUUGACAGUCUGGUGGCUGAUAUGCACUCGACCCAGAUUACGGCCUCCAGCACGUACCACCAGCACCAGCAGCCCCCAAGCGGUGGUGGCGCUGGCCCGGGCAGCAGCAACGUCAGCAGCCUCCACAAGCCUCAGGAGUCGCCGACCCUCCCGGUGUCCACAGCUACCGACAGCAGCUACUACACCAACCAGCAGCACCCGGCGGGCGGAGGCGGCGGCGGGGGCUCGCCCUACGCACACAUGGGUUCCUACCAAUACCACGCCAGCGGCCUCAACAAUGUCCCUUAUUCCGCCAAGGGUGGCUACGACCUGGGAUACACCGCCGCCUACACCUCCUACGCACCCUAUGGGACCAGUUCGUCCCCGGCCAACAACGAACCUGAGAAAGAGGACCUCGAGCCUGAAAUUCGGAUAGUGAACGGGAAGCCAAAGAAAGUCCGGAAACCCCGCACCAUCUACUCCAGUUUCCAGCUGGCGGCUCUUCAGCGGCGUUUCCAAAAGACCCAAUACCUGGCACUGCCUGAGCGAGCCGAGCUGGCCGCGUCCCUGGGCCUCACCCAGACUCAGGUCAAAAUCUGGUUCCAGAACCGCCGAUCCAAGUUCAAGAAGAUGUGGAAAAGUGGUGAGAUCCCCACGGAGCAGCACCCUGGGGCUAGCUCCUCGCCACCCUGCGCUUCGCCGCCGGUCUCCGCGCCGGCCUCCUGGGACUUCGGCGCGCCUCAACGGAUGGGAGGCGGCGGCGGUCCGGGCAGCGGAGGCAGUGGCGCGGGCAGCUCCGGCUCUAGCCCGAGCAGCGCGGCCUCGGCCUUCCUGGGCAACUACCCGUGGUACCACCAGACCUCCGGCUCCGCCUCACACCUGCAGGCCGCCGCGCCGCUGCUGCACCCGGCGCAGACUCCGCAGCCACACCACCACCACCACCACCACCACCACAGUGGCGGGGGCGCCCCAGUGAGCGCCGGCACGAUUUUCUAA